GCCACAGGCUGUUCCUCGAGACAGCUCGGCCAUGUGUCUAGGCCCCGAAGGGGGGGGGAGUGGGAGGGUACCGGUACAGAAAGCUCUGUUCCGUCGUCUAGACUGACAUCAGUCAAGUGUCAGACACCCAUGCACCGAUCGAUGGUCCCGACAGGCCUCUCUUACCAUGCUCCGAGCCCCCCAGAGGAAUAGCGGAGACUCCGGGGCUGAAGGGGGCGUGGCCGUAUAGUGUUGACGAGCGUCCAUGCAAGAUGCCAUGGCCUGCUUGGCCGUCCAUAAAACGUCCUGUCCUCCUGUUGUUUCUGUGUUCCUGUUUCCUGUCUUCCUCUCCAUCCACCGUUGUUCAAUCUCAGCUCAGACUAGUACUCUUGUUGUCGAUAUCAUUCACUCAGAACUCAAACCCUUCAACACUCUCACUACUUACACAACACCGUCACAAUGAAGUACUCUGCUGCUACCGUCUUCGCCAUCAUGGCUCUUGCCAAGGCCCAGUCCGUCUCCGUCCCCGGUGAGGAUGCCGUUUCCUCCAUCAUCGGUGAUGUCAGCAGCCGUGUUGAGAGCAUCGCCUCUGAGGUCUCGAGCCGAGCUGCCGAUGCUUCCGCCGGUGCCUCCUCCAUCGCCGAGGAGAUCUCCUCCCGUGUUGCCAGCCUCAGCAGCGCCGCCACUGCCACUGGUGCCUCCGAGACCGUCACUGAGACCGGUACCGAGACUGUGACCGGCACCGCUACUGACGAGACCGAGACUGGCACCGCCACCGAUGAGACCGAGACCGGUACCGAGACUGGUACUGAGACCGGCACCGAGACCGGAAACACCGCCGACACUGCUGCCAUUGCCAGCAAGACCAGCGAGCUCGGUGACCGUAUCGCCAGCCUGAGCUCCAAGGUUGCCGACGCUACUGGCUCAGAUGCCGCCUCGAUCAGCUCCGAGAUCGCCGCUGCUACCUCUGAGAUCGGUGCUCUCGCCAGCAGUGCCACCGAGGGCAACUCUGGUGCCAUGCACACUGCCGCCAUCGCCAUGGGUGCUCUCUUUGGUGGUGCCGCCGUCAUUGUCAACAUGUAAAGAGUUGAUUACUUUUGAAUUUCUGUCUUCACAUGCAAAGCCAAGCGGGAAUGAAAACGUCGAACGGUCAACUCUUUUUAUUUUCUCUUUGUACACGCCAUACAAAAACAACACCAAAAAGGGAGUCUCCCUCGCCUGUCCAAACCCCAGCCAAUCCGAUGGAUGCAAGAGGGGUGUGGCGGGAACUCGGGAUUUAAUCAUCUAGCGCGGGAGCAACUGCCGCUAGAGGGGAUGGAACCGGUUUAUUUACAGUAACUUUUAGAGGUGGACUGAGAUGAGAUUGGAAGUAUGGGGGUGGAUAACUUUGUAACGUUUUAUAUCAUUAACAAGAGAAGGGUUUUACUCUUUUAUUCACUCAUGUCCGAAG